AUGCGUUCUCGAUCAGGUUCCGCAGCCUCCAUCAGCUCCAAGGAGCUUGCUACUGACAGCGUCGCCAUCCAAGUGACAUCUGCCGGCGGCAAAGUCAUCAAAUUAAACGUCCGACCUGUACAUACCGUAUCCAACGUCCUGGAAUUCCUCUGCGCCCCAAAGAACAUCCCAUCGGAUGCGAGACUCAUGCUCAACGGAGAACCCCUUGAGGUGUCAACCACUGUUGGCGAGCUCAAGCUGGAAGAAUCAUCAAUACUACAACUCCAGACUCCUUCACGGAGUACAACGCCCACUGAUCACUCAGAACCUCAACCUACAUUGAAAGAGUCGGCCAACGACAAACCAGCUUCAACAUCCGCAGUUUCAACCCCGACCGCCUCGGGAACUGCCACCCCCACGAAGAGAAAAUCCAACAAGCCCCGCUGCUCGAAAGAUGGAUGCAAGGCACCUGCACAGCCGAUAGUUGGCGACUGCGGAUUCUGCCAGAAACGAUUUUGUGGCAAGCACCGGAUGCUGGAAUCUCACAACUGUGAAGGACUGGAGGAUGCGCGACGAGCCGACAAGGACAGAAACACUGCCAAGUUGGAAGGCGAACGAACCGUCAUGCUUCGGGGGUUGUAG